AUGAUGGCCGAAACCGUGGUGACGGUGGAGACACCGAAUCGCAAUGCAACCCCGGCCGCCCCGGCCGACGCCCAGGGCAAGUCGGAGUCUAAUCUCAACUGGCUGAAGCUGAACACGCAGUACUUCCUCACGAUUCCGGGCAUACUGAAAAUCGUCCAGGUGGUUUUCGGUAUCAUCUGCAUGGCCUGCGCCGCACCAGCCCUCGUCGGCGGCACACACUUCUUCCUGUUCGUCGUGAUAGUUUCCUUCAUUAUCACCCUGCUUUGGACGUUCGUGUAUCUGCUCGGGAUCCGCGAGGUGCUGAACCUACCCAUCAACUGGAUACUGACGGAGUUGAUCAACACCGCCAUCUUCGCGCUGCUCUACUUCGUCGCCUUCAUUGUGCAGCUGGCGUCCUGGUCAAACUUGUACUAUACGAGCUUCCGAGGUGCUAACAUUGCCGCCGGUGUGUUUGGACUGUUCAACUUCCUCGUCUACCUGGCCGGUACCUACUUCCUGUACGUUGAGCACCGAUCGGCGGGUGUCUAA